CACAUGACCAAAUUGGAGUCGUAUGAUGUGAGUUUUCCUGUUUGGGGUACUAGCGGUUACAGAGGGACGCUGCACUCCCUGGAAACGCUUCGGUCCGGUGGGCCACACACACCAUGCUCCUAGCAGUUCCACCUUCAGGUGAGCCUCCCCGCGCUCAGGUUCGGUGAUCCUCCGUAAAGCGCCAUGGCCUCCGAGCAGCACACCGGCCGCCUCCCCCAGCCCAGUGCAGAGUACUUCUUAUGGGACUAUCGCCUCCAGCUCAUCGGCCUUGGCUUCUGCUUCUAUACUGCAGUGUUCCUCUUCUGUCACCUCCUGUCUGUGUCUCUGUGCCGGACCUACAAGCCCCUGCUGGCCAAAGAAAAGGUUUUUUGGAACCUUGCUGCCACCCGGGCAGUGUUUGGGAUCCAGAGUACAGUAGCCGGUCUCCGGGCCCUCACUGAAGACUCCUCAAUCACCAGAGACAAAGUGAGGGGCCAGGAAGACUGGUCAUGGUUUAACGUGCUCACAGCCACGGGCUUUUUUGCAUUUGAGAAUGUUGCACUUCACGCCUCCAGUGUGGUGUUUUGGUCAUUCGACCUCCCACUGGCCACGCACCACUUCUUCGCCCUGUCGGGAUACGUCGGGGCGGUGGUGUGGGAUUCCCUGGGCCACUUCCUGCCCAUGGUCACCCUCCUGCUGGAGAUGAGCACGCCAUUCACCUGUAUAUCCUGGAUGCUGCUGAAGGCUGGCUGGGCAUGCACUCUGUUCUGGAAAGCCAACCAGUGGGUGAUGAUUCACAUGUUUCACUGUCGCAUGGUACUCACUUACUACAUGUGGUGGGUAACCUUGACCCACCGGGUGGAGCUGUGGACCCAUGCGCCCCUGCCCCCGCUAAUACUCUUCUUCACUGGCCUCACUCUGCUCACACUUAUCAUCAACCCCAUAUGGACCCACAAGAAGACAAUGCAGCUUCUUAAUCCUGUGGACUGGAACUUUAGCAACAAGGCGAUCCCACUGAACGGCACCACCGACGGUCAGCCCGAGGCUUCUGGAAAGCCUCAUGCCAGUUAAGGAGUAUCAUCGGUGUCAUUUCCUGUUUCAGUUAUGGCUUUUUAUUUUAUUAUUUGAGACUGAGUGUGAGCUGACUUUCCUCACAAACUCACCUAAUGGAAACCCUUUAAACUAAGUAAUUGAGUUGUGUAGGUGCUAGUGGAAAGAGGGCAUAAAGAGACUUGGCUCCUGACAAAGGUUUACAUAUGAUCAUAACAGAGUGUGCAACAGAAUCUUUCACUGCACAGCUUUUAUUUCGAUUUCUUUUUAUUUCAGGACUCUGGUAUUGCUGUCGGGGUUUUUCCAGGCUCAUAACAGGACUUUGUGGUUCACUAUGCACACAAGUAUUAAUGAUCCAGCAAAGAGUUGGCAAUGGUGCGAUUUCACACCUUUUAACAAGUGUUGCAAGUAUCCACUUUUAAAGUAAUAAAUUACUUUUUUUCAGUAUAAAAUAUGUAUGAGAGCAGCUCCUGCAUUAAAAAUCAUUAAGUUAAAGAUCAACAAAAGCUUUAAUAAGCAAAAUCUGCUUUGAGAUAAAGACCAGAAUUAAACUGGACUUAAAUAUGAGUUGGGAGUAGAUGUUGUCGGCCCACAGCUGUUUCUAUUGUGUAGCUAUUGAAAGUGAAAUGAGCUCCGUCUGAAGUGAAGUGUCUCUAAAUCAAAGCACUGUAAACUCCAGAGUGGACCCUUUGUUACACAGCUCUGCUGACUGAGUGGGGUAAAACUGGAUCACGUUUGAGGAUGACCUCUCAUAGGUUUACUCAUUGAAGUUAUAAGAUACUAAGUGUUGAUCAGAUUGGUGUGUUUGGACUGCAUCGGCAGAGAAAGAAGCAUUUAUCAUGGCGGUGUUACACUGAGUCACAGCAGUCCGCUUCACAAAGGCUUUACUGUGCUGAAAAAACACUGAACUAGUGCUUACACUAAGCAAACCUCUGACCCUGAUAAUUGUGGUUUAAACUGGUGCAGCCCUGCUGCAGUCCAGCUUUAUUUAUGGUAUAUUCUAAAAUCCACUGAGUUUUAUUUUAUGUGUGUGGGAUUUUUAUAAAAACAUACUAAUGGCGAUUGUGUGUGUUCCUGUAUUUAAACCAUAGGUAAGAUUUUAUUUGUCUUUCGCUGCAAAUGUUCAACUUCUCCAGAAUAUCCCACUUUAACAGCUCUGCUUUUAGUUCUCAUUAAUAGAAUAGCCCUGUAUUGUUAUUGUACAUGGAAAACAGAAUCAUGUGUUAUAUUCAGUAAUUUUUUUUAAGAAAUUUUAAUUGUCCACGUAGUUGUAAUUUUCUUUCUACAGUGUGCACAUUAACACCUUUGGCUCGGCCUGCACAAAAGCUGCCCAGCAAAUAGGUGAAGCCCUCGUUAGAUGUUUUCCUGCCUGUGUGUUUAAUAAAGUGGAAAACGCUUCGAAGCCAGAGUCCAGUAGAUUUAAACUUUUCUGCUUUUCACACCUUCAGUAAUUUAAUCUUCAUAAAGAGUGAAAUGUUGAUUUAGCUGUAGCUCUGAUCUCACUUUAAAUAAAUCUGAUCAUGUUAGAUUCAGAUUGUAAAAUUAGAGAACUAACAUGGGACAGAUAUCCUGUUGAUUCAGUGCCAUAUACUAACAGCUUCUGUGUUAUGUAUGUUGGACUGUGCAUUUAUUUAAACUACCGAGUUUCAAAAUAAAGUGUUUCCUUGGUUAUUGUG